AUGAGCGUCCUGGCGAGGUCCGGCGCGGGUCGGGUGUGCGUCGCGGCGCGCGUGGUCAUUCCCCGUAUCUGGAGAGCGAAAUACUGCAGCUCCGGGAAUGAGCCGGCAGAAAACAACUCGGUGACGCCAAUGCUGCGGCAUCUUAUGUACAAAAUAAAGUCUACGGGCCCCAUCACUGUGGCUGAGUACAUGAAGGAGGUGUUAACCAACCCGGCCAAGGGUUAUUAUGUGUACCGUGACAUGCUAGGAGAAAAAGGAGAUUUUAUUACUUCACCUGAAAUAAGUCAGAUCUUUGGGGAGCUUCUAGGGAUAUGGUUCAUUAGUGAAUGGAUAGCCACUGGAAAAAGUACAUCUUUCCAGCUGGUGGAACUGGGCCCAGGUAGGGGUACCCUCACAGGAGAUAUUUUGAGG